ACAGCAGCGUGAGGAGGGCGGGGUUACGCAGCAUCACCGCUGCCCGUCGUUUCAUUGUACGGCUGCUGAUGCUGAGAGGUCGCGUAAAGAAACCGUAGAGCCAUGAUUGAAGAUUUGAGGUUUGCAAGCCAUGGCACAUCGUUGAGGAUUGUUCUCUAGAUAUUCUGACGUGAAGGAUAAUGAGGAAAAGACGGAACUGGAAGCAUCAGUUAAACUGGAAGUGAUGGAUGUUUAAAGAGUGUUUGAUGAACACUGAAUCUGACCCAAUGGCAAAGAAAGGUCGCGGCAAGGGCGAGAAGCCUGAAGCCCUCAUCUCUGCCCUACAGGCGGCCAAUGAGGAUCUCAGGUCCAAACUCACUGAUAUUCAAAUUGAACUGCAUCAGGAAAAAUGCAAGGUGACCAAGCUGGAGCGAGAGAAGGUCCAGGAGGGCAAGCGUAUUCGCGAGCAGGAGCAGCACAGGCACACGGUGGCGUUGACGGAGCAGCGAGCGCGCUGGCACGAAGAGAAGCUAAAGGAGCUCGCCGCUCUACGGGAGUCGCUAACACGACAGCAUGAACAGGAACUGGCUCGCACGGCUAAAAUCAAAGAAGGCGAGAUCCAGCGUCUUCGGACCGCACUUAACGCGCUGCGGGACGGCAGCGGGGAGAAAGUACGUACGGCGCUAACGUUGGAGGCCCGAGAGGAGGCCCGCCGUUUUUUUGACCAGGAGCGCGUGAAACUGCUGCAGGAAAUAGCAGAACUAAAGUCCACGAAACGUCAAACAGAUGAGGCGCUUAACACCAUGAUCAUAGCUGACAAGAUGAAGGCUGGUGACUUGCGUACAGAGCACCAAGCGCAUCAAGAACAAAUAACCAAGAUUAAGUGGGACUGUGAGCGAGACAUUCGACGAUUGGUGGAUGAAAUCAAAGCAAAGGACAAAACAAUCUUUUCAUUGGAAAAGGAGCUGGAAACAGCGACAGGUUUCGUUCAGAGGUUACAGCUGCAGAAAGACGCAUUGGACGAGCAGUUGUUUCUGGUUAAAGAGGCAGAGUGCAACCUGGGAAGCCCAAAAAGAGAAAUCCCCGGACGAGCUGGAGAUGGAGCUGAGCAAUGUGGGAGUCCGGACAUGAGGAGAAACCAGAGACGCCUCGCUGACCUGAAGUCCAACAUUCGCAAACUAGAGGACCGCAAUACAAUCUUAGUGGAUGAAAGAAAUGAGCUGCUGAAGCGGGUUCGAGAAGCGGAGAAACAGUGCAAACCACUACUGGACAAGAACAAAAUAUUGAGCAGGAAAAAUGAUGACCUGAGCCAAUCAAUCCAGAGGCUGGAGGACAAACUCAAGUCUUUAACCAAAGAGAAUAAUGAAAUGAAGGAGAAGAUUGGUUUCCAUCCUCCCCUGAAGAAGUUGAAGUCUCUGAAUGAUCUGGAUCAGGCCACUGAUGAUCAAGAGAUCGAGUUCCUGAAGCUACAGGUUCUGGAGCAACAGAGCAUGAUUGAUGAGCUGACACGGGAUAGAGAAAAACUCUUGAGAAAGAAGCGGCAUAAACGCAGCAGACCAAUAAAGAGACACAUAGUUGUAGAUACUUUCUAUGGGUACGAUGAAGAGUCAAUGGAUUCAGAGACUUCUUCUGUGGCAUCUCUGCGCAUGGAUCGAACCCCAGCUACACCAGAUGAAGAUUUAGAUGAGGGAAUGGCGGCUGAGGAGUCAGAGUUACGCUUUAAGCAGCUGACUCGGGAAUAUCAGGCUCUUCAAAGAGCUUACGCUAUUCUGCAGGAACAAAAAGGGGGCGUACUGGAUGCUGAAAUGGAGGCUAAGGCCCAUGAGCAGCUCCAAGCAGAUGUUCAGAGGUAUAAGGCUAAAAUUGAGGAUUUGGAAAAAGAGCUUGCCGUAAAAGGACAGGACUCCAAAUGGGUGGAAGAGAAGCAGCUGUUUCUCAGACGCAACCAGGAGCUUCUGGACAAGGUUGAAAAGUUGGAGAAUGAAAUUGGAAAACUACAGCAGGAACUUCAAGACUCUAAAGAUCAGAAUGAACUGCUAGAGUUUCGCAUACUGGAGCUGGAGGAGCGAGAGAGGAGAUCUCCUCAGUUUACGCUACAGAUUCAUCCAUUCUCUGAGGGGGUGAGCGCCCUGCAGAUUUACUGUAUAAAGGAGGGAGUGAAGGAUGUGUGCAUACCAGACCUCAUCAAACUGCUGGAUAUACUGGGGGACAAUGGGAACUUAAGAAAUGAGGAGCAGGUGGCCAUUAUUCAAGCAAGUACUGUGCUGUCUCUUGCUGAGAAGUGGAUUCAGCAGAUUGAAGGCACUGAAGCAGCUCUGCACCAGAAGAUGAUGGACCUUGAGCUGGAGAUGGAGAUGUUCCGCAAACAGAAGGGAUAUCUGGAGGAGGAACUGGACUACAGGAAACAGGCACUGGAUCAGGCUUACAUGCAAAUCCAGGAGCUGGAGGCAACGCUGUACAACGCACUACAGCAGGAGAAGGUGAUAAAGUACGGAGAAGCUCUGGAUGAGCUGCAGAAGGAUGAGUUACGUUCAGCUGUGGAGAAACUGCGCAGACAGAUGCUGCGUAAGAGCAGAGAGUAUGACUGUCAGAUUCUGCAGGAAAGGAUGGAGCUCCUGCAUCAGGCCCAUCAGAGAAUCAGAGACCUGGAGGAUAAGACUGAUAUUCAAAGAAGACAGAUCAAGGAUCUAGAAGAGAAGUUUUUAUUUCUGUUUUUAUUUUUCUCUCUUGCCUUUAUUCUUUGGCCUUGAUGUGUGUGACAUCUCCUGCUGCACAGGAUUUCAAGCAACCUGGAGCUGUCGCAUGCAACUGCAGUUUUCUGGUUGUAAUGACUCGAGGUGUAUCGUUGGAUGUUUUGUUUUGCUUGUGUGGAAUCGGGACAUUCAGAACGACGGACUCUACUGGGAACGCUGAACUGGGUUUGGCUUCUGGAUUGCAGAAACAAAGACCUCUGUGCAGUACCAGGACAAAAUCACACUUACAUCAGAAACCAAACUUGAGGACUGUGGAUUAUCUCUGCCAUGCAGGGACCCGUCAUGUCUUAACUACUUUCACUGCGACUACCACCAGCCGCAACUCACAAACCUCUUUCUUUCUCAAUCUGUCCAUCUGUCUGUCUUCCCACAUACACAAAUUUAAAAAAGGGAUGAACGCUUUGGCACACGCACGCACAUCAUCUGACAGGAGUUAUGGGUGCUGACUCAGGGUUAAUGGGUGAGAUGACAUCUCUGUUGUCAGGACCCCUCAGAAGAGGUGUCUUUCUCACUGCCUGAAUACAGAAAGGACACAGAGACAGACAGAGAGAGAGACCGUCCAUUACAAACCAUCUACACAAGCAGUUCUGUCUUCACUCCUAGAAAUUAGACUAGAUGAAACCAACUGUUAAGUUGAAACGUUUGACCGAUCCUGGUUUUUAAUUGUUUCUUUUUUGUUCAGUUAUUCCCUUCAUCUGGCCUCAUUCAUGAAAAAUAAGCAUAAAGUAUUCAUAAAACCAUUCUUAUGAUAAUUGGCUUGCUGUAUGAUGCUAUACUUUAUUAUGUAAUGAAACACAUGUUGAAUAAUCCUUAGAUAAAUAAAGACAUCAUGCAACAGUUUAUACAAAUAAAACUCUUCUGGUGUAAAUUGUCGCAUCACGUGACUAUGCAAGUAAAAGUCAUUUCUGCUGUAUUUGUCACAUCAUGUGACGGUUUAUGCAAUUAAUAUCAUUCUGGUGUAAACUGUUGCAUGAUCAUUUGUAUGUGAGUUUAUGUAAGAAGGGUUUCAUGAACGAUUCAAACAGAAAGUUUCCUGAAUGAGGCCUUAUCAUUGUCUUAUAAUACUCUUCUACGUCUAUGAUCAAAUGUACCUCUGUAGGAGUGCAGUGUAAUAUAUAUAGAUAUAUAAAUAUCCAGUAUGUUUGUUGAUAUGUACAUGUCAUGUGUCUUUAUCUUAUCCUGCAGUUUGAGCAAUAGUGUCGCUCUGCAGUUUAGAAAGUUAAAUUGCAUUGAGGUGUAUAUUGUGGUGAUGGCUGCAGAUGUUUUCUGCCUUCCUCGAAUGUCCAUGUAUUAAAUCAUAAAAACCCCUGUGCCCAA